AUGCCACCCUCACCUAACCCUCACCAACCCUCCUCCUCCCACUCCCGCUCAACAUCCUCCUUCCCCGCAGAUUCCGCCUCCCCCCUCCUCUCCGCAUUCACAUCCUUCCUCACAAUCGCCAUCCACUCCCUCCUCUACCACCGCGGCCUCUACCCCGAACAGUCCUUCCUCGCCGCCCGCGCCUUCAACCUCGCCGUCCGCCAGUCCCGCCACCCGGGCCUCUGCGCAUGGAUCAACGACGCCGUCGACGCCGUGUCUGCCCGUCUCCGCACGGGCUCCGUCUCGCGCAUCGCCGUCGUCGUGCACGGCCCUCCGCCACAACAGGUCGUCGUCCGCGAGAGGUGGCUCUUUGACGUUGAUCGGUUCCCCAACUCCUGGGGCACCGCUGCGGAAAUACGAGCCGCAAGGGCACCGCCUUCGCACCAGCUACAUCCAGACGAACACAUGGGUCAAGACGCAGAUGAUCCGCAAAAGAUUAACUGGGCAGACAUCCACGAGGCCCUCCGCGCAGCCCUCCAGCGACUCGCCUUUGCAGCUCAAGCAGAGCCAAAGCUGCCCCAGGGAUGCACAUUCACGCUCGCCGUAGAACUCAGAGAAGACGCCGAGGCGCCCAUAGGACAUCCCCAGCUCUGGAUCCCUUCCGAAGCCCAUCUCCAACCGCCCACAAAGGAAAAACCAGACCAGGGUGAAGCCCUUGGCGGUGCAUCAACCAAGCCCAUCCGCUCCGUAAGGGCGAAGCCGCUCUUCUUUGAAUGCUGGUUAGAAAAGGGCCCCGAGGCGCCAGACGAAAUCACCCAGUCGAACAGCGGGACCACCUACAGCGCAAGCUCCUCAUGA